AUGAGUAGGAAUUGGGUGCACCCAGGCCAGACCCUUAUCUGGACUGUUUGGGUCCUUGCAGCUGCCACCAAGGGGACUGCUGCGGAUGCUCCAGCCAGGAACACCAGGCUCGGAUGGAUCCGGGGAAAACAAAUCACAGUGCUAGGAAGCUCCACACCUGUGAACAUAUUCCUUGGGCUCCCCUUUGCUACACCCCCUCUAGGACCUCUGCGAUUUGCCACUCCGCAGCCAGCAUUGCCCUGGAAAGGCUUCCGAGACGCCACCUCCUACCCUAACUCGUGCCUCCAAAGCCGGGAGUGGCUGGUCUCAGAUCAACGCUUGCUCAAGGUGCGUUACCCACAGUUCGGAGUGUCGGAAGACUGCCUGUACCUUAACAUCUAUGCACCGGCCCACGCUGCUGAGGGAUCCAACCUCCCUGUCAUGGUAUGGUUCCCUGGGGGUGCUUUUGAGAAGGGCUCAGCUUCCAUCUUCGACGGGUCUGCCUUGGCUGCUUACGAAGAUGUGCUGGUUGUGAUCACCCAGUACCGGCUAGGAAUACUUGGCUUCUUCAACACAGGGGACCAGCAUGCUGCAGGGAACUGGGCCUUAAUGGACCAGGUGGCUGCCCUAACCUGGGUCCAGGAGAACAUCGAAGGCUUUGGCGGGAACCCAGGCUCCGUGACCAUCUUCUGGAUAACUUUUCCUGGGUUUUCUGUGUUCUCUCUCCAGGUUCUGUCCCCCAUGGCCAAUGGCUUAUUCCACAAAGCCAUCAUGGAGAGUGGAGUGGCCAUCAUUCCUUACAUGAAGGCCUCUGAUAACGAGAGGAACAAGGAUCUGCAGUUUAUUGCGCGUAUCUGUGGUUGUAACGUGUCAGACUCCGUGGCCCUGCUGCAGUGCCUGAGGGCAAAAUCCUCUGAGGAGUUGCUGAGCCUCAGCCAGAAAACGAAGUCAUUCACUCGAGUGAUUGAUGGUCAUUUCUUUCUUGACGAUCCUCUAGACAUACUGAUUCAAAAAGCAUUUAAUCCAAUUCCUUCCAUCAUUGGCAUCAAUAACCACGAAUGUGGCUACAUGCUGCCCAUGGAGGAGAUUCCUGAGAUCUUCUGGGGCUCCAACAAGUCUCUCAUAUUCCACUUGAUUCAUACCGUCUUGCACAUCCCCAGGCAGUAUUUGUACCUCCUGACUGAGGAAUACUUCAGAAGCAAGGCCUCCAUGGUUGAAAUUCGAAACAGUUUUCUGGACUUGCUUGGCGAUGUGUUCUUUGUGGUCCCUGGCCUGGUCACAGCUCAGUACCACAGAGACGCUGGCGCACCUGUCUACUUCUAUGAGUUUCAGCACCGAUCCCAGUGCUUUAAAAACACCAGGCCAGCUUUUGUCAAAGCCGAUCACACUGACGAAAUCCGCUUUGUCUUCGGAGGUGCCUUCCUGAAUGGUGACAUUGGCAUGUUUGAGGAAGCCACAAACGAGGAGAAGCUACUGAGCAAGAAGAUGAUGAAAUACUGGGCUAACUUUGCACGCACCGGGAAUCCCAACGGGGAAAGCUUGCCUCUGUGGCCAGUCUACAAUCAGGCUGAGCAGUACCUACAGCUGGAUUUGAACAUAAGGGUCGGGGAGAGACUGAAAGAGCCGAAAGUGAAGUUUUGGACAAGUACCCUACCCCUGAUCAUGUCCACUUCUGGAGCUCUGCUCAGUCCUCUUUCUUCCCUGAGCUUGUUUUCUCUGUUCCUGUCUUUCUUUUUCUUUUUUGCUCCUGGGGAGGUUAUUGUUCUGUGA